AUGGCGAAGAGCACGAAUCCGGGUACGCUACCCUUGCCGACCCCGUUGCCGCUUUUCCCACCCAACAGGAGAAAGAAGUGGCUGGAAUUCAGAGAGGACUUUUACGAUUACGCGCUCUCGAACGGCAUCUUCGGACAGACUCCUGAGGUGCAGCUAUCACACUUCAGAACAGCUCUAGGACCCCAGUGCAAGAGUAAAUUGCGAGCGCUUAAAGUCACGGUAGCGAACAACUCGGUCGACGUCAUCAAAUUGGCGGCGGAGUCAAAUAUCCCCAGUCCUCUUCUGGAAUCGACUGUCAAGGCAUGGGAGAAGGAAUACUGUGGCAAACAGAACGUUUUGGUCGUACGCGAAAAAUUCUACGCGUGCAAUCAAGGAAGUAUUGACUUCGAACGUUUCCUCGAGAAGGUGUGCGAACUGGCGGAAGAUUGUGAAUUCCCAACGGAGGUCAAAGAUGAGAUGAUUCGCGAUCGAUUGGUGCUCGGAUUGGAUAGUGAUCGCUUGAAGGAUCGAGUGAUUCAGAAUGAUAAGAAUGACCUUCGGUCGGUCAUCGAGGUGUUAAGGAGAUCCUCGCGAUCGUUGCCAAUGAUUUCGACUACGGCGGAGAUCAGUGGCGCGGUGAAAGAGGAGGCAGUGCACAAAGUGAGGGGAGAGAGGGCCUCUAGACAGUCAGCUGGCCAGAGCAAAACAGAAGGUGGAAAAUGCCAGUUCUGUCAAUAUGUGCAUCGCCCCGGACAAGUUUGCCCAGCCAAAGAUCGUAAGUGCGCGAAGUGUAACAAAUUCGGACACUUCGCAAAGGCGUGCAGGCAAUCGAAUAGAGUGAACUUCAUACACGACGAGGGGGAAACGAGCACUGACUACGAGAGUGACGAAAACGAAGCUUUUGCUGUGAUGCCCGAGCAAGGGAUAAGGAAGAAGAAAAAACGAGUGUUUGGAAACCUGACACUGAGGUAUCAAGGCCGUGAUCGGAUUGUCAGGCUACAGAUUGACUCAGGGGCAACAGUAAACCUACUUCCUCUGCAGAUGUACAAACAGCUCAGAGCUCAAGGCGCAAUUGCGCCCAUGAAGAAAUCGUCGAUGAAUCUACGUAUGUACAACGGAGACUACUCAAGGGCUGUCGGCGAGGUUUCGGCGGUUCUCUUCAAUAACUCGAGGUCGAUAGAAGUCACCUUCCAGAUUGUGGAUUUACCAGAACAACCACUGUUGGGCGCAAGUGAGUCUCUGGCUCUGGGGUGCAUCAAGAUGGGAGACAAUGUGGAGUUCGUGAAUUUGGUGACACCCAUGGAGCAAGAAAAUCAGCUGGAAAACUUACUGAGAGAAUACGACGACGUUUUCAAAGGGGUCGGUCGUCUGCCAGGCAAGGUAAAGAUCCAGCUGAAAGACGAUGUGGUGCCG